UUUCGUCGCGAUGAUGAUGUUAAUGUUUGCGUUUUGUGCAUAGCAACGAUUUCACAAACAAAAAAAUCAAUAAAAGAAUUACCUCCGCCGGCUAAGAAACUCGCGUUGAUAAUAUGUCAACGUGAAAUAAGAAUGAAUUCUUUUUACGAGGCGAAUUUACUGUUCAGGAAGAAGCAGUAUUCAAAAUGUGUGGAUAUUUGUACGAAUUUAUUGAUGAAAAAUUCACUAGAUCAGGCCGUUUGGGUACUGAAAAUGCGAGCUUUGACGUUACAAGUGAUGGUAGACGAUAUAGAAGCAGAAGAAGAAGGAAUAGCUGACAUGUUCCUGGACACAGAUACAAUCGCGGUUACGGCUCGUCCAGGUACAUCUUUAAGAACAGCGAAUACGAGCACAGCUUUAGGAAAUCUUAGCCACAGACCUAGAACAGUAUCGGGUAGACCGGUCAGUGGAGUAGUUAGACCAGGCACUCAGGCUGGUGGAGGUGAAACGUUGCAGCAAAUGCUGAGAACUCCUAGAACAGCUCAAACUGCCAGACCACUCACGUCGAAAUCAGCACGAAGUUUGAGAUUGGGAACAGCUUCAAUGGUGUCUCAACUGGAAGGUCCGUUUAUUCAAAUAUCUCGUCUGAAUUUGGCCAAAUACGCUGCCCAAAAAUCAGUAUCUAAACCUUUAUUUGAAUAUAUUUAUUAUCACGAGAACGACGUAAGAAAUGCUAUGGAUUUAGCCAUCGAAGCGACGAAAGCGUGCGAAUACAAAGAUCCAUGGUGGAAAAUUCAACUUGGAAAAUGUUACUUUCUAAUCGGAUUGAAUCGAGAUGCUGAGAAACAAUUUAAGUCGGCGCUGAAACAACAACCUACCAUUGAAGUGUACUUGAGACUGGCUAGAAUUUAUCUGAGACUCGAUCAACCUAUUACAGCUUUGGAUUUAUUCGUAGUGGCGUUGAAACAGUUCCCAAAUGAAGUUACCAUCAUGACUGAAAUGGCUAGGAUAUUCGAAGGAUUGAACAAUAUACCAAUGUCUGUGAAAUCGUACAAGGAAAUUUUACGCGAAGAUGCAACCAACAUGGAAGCUGUAGCUUGUAUUGGAGUUCAUCACUUUUACACAGAUCAGCCUGAUAUUGGUCUUCGAUUUUAUAGACGAUUGCUGCAGAUGGGCUUGUAUAAUGCUGAACUCUUCAAUAAUUUGGGAUUGUGUUGUUUUUACGCUCAACAAUAUGAUAUGGUGGUGACAUGCUUCGAACGAGCUCUUAGUUUGGCUGUUAAUGAUAACGCAGCUGAUGUUUGGUAUAAUAUCGGCCACAUUGCUAUUGGUGUCGGUGACUUGGACAUCGCUGAGCAGUGUUUGCGUUUAGCAUUAUCUAUCGAUUCGACUCAUGCAGCCUCAUUCAACAACCUUGGAGUAAUUAUGUUCAAUCGUGGAAACAGUCAACAAGCAUGUUCGUUUUUUGACUCCGCUACUAGUAUAGCUCCUUACUUAUUUGAACCUCAUUAUAAUCGAGCUUACGUAUCUCAUGAGAUUGGAGAUCUACAAACGAGUUACAUAUUGGUGAAGAAAUCUUUAAAAGCUUAUCCUGGUCAUGUGAGCUCAGAAAAACUACUGGAUAAAUUAAAAGUCUAUUUCAAUUAUUUAUAAAUGUUUCCUUUUCUUUUUUAUUACCUACCUAUGUACCUAUAUUCUGUUGGAGUUUUUUUUUUUCAGGUUAAUAAAUUGAGUUGAAUA